CUCUACACAGGCACAGCCUGUAUGGACAGGGAGGAACCCGCUGGGCGCUGAGCCAGGCCAGCCAGAGCACGUGCUGCCGCCGCGCAGGGCCCGGGGCGGCUCCACGGGGGUGACGGCGUACUGCUCCCGGCAACAGGUGCGCUCGCUGGUGUGCGAUCCGUCUGCCCACAAGCUGCUGAUCCUGUGCGGGCAGAGCUCCGACCAGGAGGGGGACCUCAUCCUGCAGGCCGGGACCUUCAGCUACCAGAGAUUUGCCGAGAUCCUUGAGGAGCCGCAGGUCUCCCAGAUCCUCAGCAACGCUGACCCCAGCACCAAGGCCUCCCUCUCUGUGCUGUGUGUGGGAGAAGGCGACUGGAGCAACCUUGGGCAGCCACGGUUCCAGGAGCUCCUUCAUCUGAGGCUGAACCCAGAGCCGGUCUUGCCGGAGAUGGACGGGGUCUCUGAAUUCGCUGAGUACGUGUCCGAGACCGUGGACGUACCGUCGCCGUUUGACCUGCUGGAGCCCCCUACCUCUGGGGGCUUCCUGAAGCUUUCCAAGCCCUGCUGCUACAUCUUCCCGGGCGGACGUGGUGACUCCGCGCUCUUUGCCGUCAAUGGGUUCAACAUCCUGGUGGACGGCGGCUCCGAGAGGAAGUCCUGCUUCUGGAAGCUGGUGCGGCACCUGGACAGGAUCGACUCCAUCCUCCUGACCCACAUCGGUGCCGACAACCUCCCAGGCAUCAAUGGGCUGCUGCAGAGGAAGGUGGCCGAACAGGAAGAGGAGCAGUCCCAGGGCUCCACCAACUACAGCGACUGGAUGAAGAACCUCAUCUCGCCGGAGCUCGGAGUGGUUUUCUUCAACGUCCCCGAGAAGCUCAAGAUGCCCGAGUCGUCCGUGAAGGUGAAGAGGAGCAUCGAGGAGGCCUGCCUGACGCUGCAGUACCUGAGCAAGCUGGGCAUCAAGGCAGAGCCCCUCUACCGCGUGGUCAGCAGCACCAUCGAGCCCAUCACGCUGUUCCACAAGAUGGGCGUGGGCAAGCUGGACAUGUACGUGCUGAACCCUGUCAAGGACAGCAAGGAGAUGCAGUUCCUCAUGCAGAAGUGGGCAGGGAACAGCAAGGCGAAGACCGGCAUCAUCCUGGCCAGCGGGAAGGAGGGCGAGAUCUCCGUGCCUUACCUGACAUCCAUCACAGCCCUGGUGGUGUGGCUGCCCGCGAGCCCCACGGAAAAAAUUGUCAGGGUCCUGUUUCCUGGAAACGCUCCCCAAAACAAAAUCCUGGAAGGUCUUGAGAAGCUAAAGCACCUGGACUUCCUGAGGUACCCGGUUGCCACUCAGAAGGACAUCUCCUCUGGCAUGCCACCGCCAGCGCUGAAGCAGACCAAGAUCAAGCAAAGAACGGACAGCAAAGAGAGCCUGAAAUCCUCCCCCAAGCCAGCUGCAGUGAAGCAAGUCAGGAAGGAAGAGGCGGUGGAGGAGGGGGCCAAGGACACGAAGCCAGAGGUGGUGAAGGAGGCCAAGCCCGAGAAGAAAGCAAAAGAGCACACAGAGAAGGGACCAGAGAAACCUGCAAAGCCCGAGAAGAUCAAGACAGAGUCGAGCGAUGCCCUCAGAGCCGAGAAGAGGAAACUGGCCAAGGACAAGGCGGGCAAGAAGCACCUCAAGGAGAAGGUGUCUAAGCUGGAGGAGAAGAAGGACAAAGAGAAGAAGGAGAUUAAGAAAGAGAAAAAGGACUUGAGAAAAGAGGAGGGAAAGAAAGAGGAGAAGAAAGAUUCCAAGAAGGAAGAGAAGAAGAAGGAGGCCAAACCCGAGCCAAAGAAGGUGCCUAAGCCGGACCUGAAGCCAUUCACCCCGGAAGUGCGGAAAACACUGUACAAGGCCAAAGUCCCCGGCAGAGUCAAGGCAGAGAAGGUCAAGGUCAAGCCAGAGAAGGAAGCACCCGUGGAGCAGAGGCUGCCCGUGCAGAAGGCGCUGGCUCAGCAGGGGCCGGCAGGGACCGACGUGGCCAAGCAGAGGCUGGUCCUGUCCUCGCCCGAGGACCUCACCAAGGACUUUGAGGAGCUGAAGCAGGAAGAGACGGGGGAGGAGCGGGCAGCCCUGGCCAUGCCUGAUGCCGCUGCUUCCCUGAGGGGCCCUGGGCCAGCCGUGCCACCUUGCCUUGGAGAAGGGCUGGCUAUCUCAAAGCAGUCAAUUCCCUUGGAUGCUGCGGAUGAGAGAUUCCCCACGGCGCAUGGGGAAGGAGAGUUGCCAGGGGAGGAGAAGCCAGUCCCUGGACUGGGUCUAGGGCUCGGACAGGCCAGAAGGUCUGAGGGUGAAGGCGCGGCCGUGGAGGAGCCUCGUGAAAUAGCAGAGCUGGGAGACGAAGCCAAGAGGCUCCCGAGCGCCCAGCUCCUCCCAGAGGUUCCUGGCAAAGGGGCAAGAGAGGAGCAAGCCCUGGCACCAGCACCGGCACACCCCGAGCCAGCCGCUGCAGACGUGCGGGCUCCAGGCCGCACAGAGGAAGAGCAGCACGUCUCCCUGGACGCGCAGCAGAGGCAGGCAGACGCCAAGGCACUGCAGGGGCCGGAGGCAGGCGAUGGGACUGAGACGGAAAGGAGAGAGGACGUGAUAGAAAAGGCCGAGCUGGAGGGGAUGGAAGAGCAGCACGUGCUGGCCGAGGGGGUGACGCGGGGCAAAGACUUGUAUCAGCUGCCGCGGGGCGGGAAGGAGGGCGCGAGACCCUCGGCCCCAGAGGACCAGGGCAGGAGGAGCCCGUUCCCGGAGAGGGAGGGGGCGAAGGAGGCGGCGCUCGCGAGCAGCCUGCCUGCACCGCCCAGGGCCGCAGUGGAGCACGUCUCCUACAUCCAGGACGAGACCAUCCCCGGCUACUCGGAGACCGAGCAGACCAUCUCCGACGAGGAGAUCCACGAUGAGCAGGAGGAGCGGAUCCCGCACCUGAAGUACGACGUCAGUGCCUACGACAUCUCCGUGCCCGAUCGCCCGGGCUCCUUUGAAGCCGUCCAUGGCAUCCCGGCCGUGCCCGUGCCCGAUGUGGCGGCCAAGGGCUAUGCCGGGCAGGAAGCCGAGAUCCUGGCGUACCCCACCAACAUCGUGGCGGCCCCGCUGGCAGAAGAGGAGCAUGUCUCCUCCGCCACGUCCAUCACCGAGUGCGACAAGCUCUCCUCCUUCGCCACGUCCGUUGCAGAAGACCAGUCGGUCGCCUCCAUCACGGCGCCGCAGACCGAGGAGACAGGCAAGAGCUCCCUGCUCCUGGACACAGUGAACAGCAUGCCCUCCUCCCGCACGGAGGCCACCCAGGGCCUGGAUUACAUGCCCUCCGCCGGCACCAUCUCGCCAACCUCCUCCCUGGAGGAGGACAAGUGCUUCAAGUCUCCCCCGCCGGAAGACUUCCAGGCCCUGGCAGAAGCAGAGAGACGGUUUGGGGCCCAGAAGAAGGGCCAGCAUGAGGAGGCAGAGGAGGAGGAGGACGAGGAGGAGGACGGGACCCCCAACAUCGAGGUGCCCGGGCGGCUCCACGGCCACUACGGGGCCCCGCUGUUCACGCCACAGGAACGCGGUACCGAUGUCCCCACUGACGCCCCCCGGGGAGCGCCACAGACGCCCGUGCUGCCUCUGCCCGCCGAGGAAGCAAGGCUGUCCCAGCUGGACUCGGGCUCUGCCGAAGCCGAGGAGCGAUGCAUGAGCCCUGACGACAGCACCGUCAAGAUGGCAUCACCAACGCAGUCCGGCCCCACGAGCGCCGGCCACACGCCUUUCCACCAGUCCCCAGUGGAGGAGAAGCUGGACGCCGUGGAAGCAGAGCUCUUCGAGAAGGUAGCGGAUGUGGCUGUGAAGGAGGAAGAGGGCCUGGCCUCCUGCAGGGAGGAAGGGGCUGCGAGCACAUCUGAGCCACCGAGCGACGAGGCAGCUGCCGCUCAGCGCGCCCCCGGGCAAGCGCCGCCUGCGGUCCUGCAGCAUGCGCCGGCCGAGGAGAGCAGCGUGGCAGCGCCGGCGGAGUCUGCGUCUCCCACAGACAAACCGGAGGAGCUGCCCGUGGCCCGGGAGGAGCUGCCCUGGCUCUCGUACCACAAGCAGGAGACGAUUGUGAUCGGGGACGAGGACGACCUCCCCGAGCCGCCCGCCCCCAGCACAGACGCCUUCCCGGAGCCAGGCAAGGAGCUGGAGUUCGAGGACGAUUCGCUCAAAUUCGCCAAAUACACAGACUCGGGGCCGGCUGCUGCCCAGGGACUGUCUCCGGAGCGCGUGGCAGCGCCCCACGUCCCAGAGCAGAGCAGCCUUGAGAGCGCCAAGUCCCCAGAGGUUUCCCUUCCAGAGGCUUCCCCGGAUGACACUAAAUCCCUGUCUUUUACUGAAGGGAGCCCCAGUAAAGAGAAAUCGCCAGAUAUUUCUAUUAAAGAAACAUCUCCAGGAGACGGAAAGCUGUCGUCUUUCUCGGGAGACAGCUUAGAAAAGGAUAAGUCUCCCCCAGUUUCCAUUAAAGACAUUUCUCCAGAAGACACCAGAUCGAUUUCUCUCACCGAAGAGAGUCCUGGCAAGGUGCCGUCUCCAGACGUUUUCCUUCGAGGAGCCUCUCCCGAAGACGCUAGAUCUCUUGCCGUCGCAGCAGAGCACGCCGCUGUCGCGGCCGUGGCGGUGACAGAGUCGCUUCCAGAUGCUGGCAGAGCCUCACCCCGCGGCGGGCAGAGCCCAGCCCCGAGCGGGAAACCGCUGGAAACUGCCGGCACGGAUAUCCUCCCGCAAGAGCCCAAAUCCCCUCCUCUCCUGGGACACAGCCCCGUGAGAGACACCUCGGCCACAGACAGCUCCUCUGCCGAAACCUCUCCAGACGAUGCCGGGGGGGUUUCUUUAAGAGAAUGGAGCCCGUCCAGGGCCAAGUCCUCAGCGCUCGCCUCUCCUGACGCGAAGGUCUGGGGCGGCGCAGAGCCCAGCCCCACUCGGCAUAGAGAGGCCCUGGCUAUCUUCUCAGAAGAUGUGCAACCCUAUCACGUCCCAGAGGAGAGAGAAGCGGAGGAAGAGAAAUCCCCAGAAAUGGAAGACCUCUAUUUGCAAGAGGUGAGUUAUGAGAGGAAGGUGUGGUUCCCAGAGGUGCUGCAAGGGGGACCGCGCAAGCACAAGUACGAGGAGGAACGCGAGAGCACUUUCUUAGAUGAGGGGCUGGACUAUGAAAGACCGCCGCCGCCCGGGACCGAGGAGGAGAAGGCCCGUCAGCCCGUGGCACCGGCACAUGGCGCGCUGGGAGACGCGGAGCCGGCCCUUUGGGACUCUGACCACGGACAUUUCCCGGAGCAAACGGACUUGGGGAAAGCAGAGCUGUUCCUGAAGAAGGAAACAGAUUUCUGGUGCGCCGAAGCUGACAGGCCGGCGCCGCCGAGCCCAGACGUGGAGCCCGUCAGCGCGGACUCGGCCCGGGCGCUGAGGGAGGCCGAAUGCCUCUCGCUGGAGGCAGCAGAAGUGGACACGGCCCCUGCGGUGGUUGCGGUCCCUGAAAAAUGGGGAGCAGCGGGUGCGCCCGCAUCGCCCCCGCCGGUCUCUGUGGAGGAGAGCCAGGCCAGGCCGGCGGGCCCGCUCCCCGUCUCCGGGCAGGGUCCUCCCAGACGGGGGGGCGACGCUGGCGGCUAUGCUGAGGACACACUCGCCUUCCGCCAGGCGGACUGCCGUCCUGUGGCCUCUCCCAGCCCUUCGGGACCCUUUUCCCUGGAGAAAGAAGCCUUUGAGUCCAGAGGAGAUGACAGCACCAAGGGGCCGGAGCAGGAGGAAAGGGAGCCAACGCCGUACCCGGAUGAGAGGACCUUCCACUACGCAGACGUCUACGAGAAGGUGGUGGUGUCUGGCAUGGGGCUGCCCAGCUUUGGGCGCCCGGAUAAGGACCGGCCAGAGCCCGCAUUCGCAGCCCCGGCGACCAAGAAAACAGCAGGCCGUCACGGGGAGCUGCCGAUCCACAUCUCCGCCAAGGAGGAGGAGUCGUGCCUGUACACCCCUGCCGAGAAGGAGCUGUCUUCCCCCACCUCCCCCCGGGACAGAGGCGACUCCUCGUUCGAGUACACGGACGUGCACGAGCGACGCUCCCCCCUGCCUGAGGCGGAGAAGCCCCGGGAUGCACCGGGAGGCCCGGGUGAGCCGUCCUGGGCAGCGGCCAGGCUGGACAGACCGGACGCUGCGCCGUGCCCGCCCUCCCCGGGGGGGCGCGCGCCGGCCCCACCCCCAGACCUCCUCCACGCCUUGUGCCACGAGAAGCCCGCCACAGACGCAGCUCCCUGCGACGACAACAUCCUCUCCCUGCGCCGGGAGCAGCACGUGCCUUCCCCGAAGGAGCCGCCGACCAAAGACAUGUACUACGAGAAGGCAGGGCGGGGGGAGGAGAGCGCCAGUGACUCCGAGCUGGAGAAGGGCGCCAAGGAGCGCUCCGAGAAGGAGUCCCGGCUGCCCAGCCCCCCGCGCGUCCCCGGCACGGCCGGCGGGAAGGACGUCUAUGCCGACAUCCCGGCGAUGGAGAAGGCCCAGGCGUCCGCCUCACCGGCGUCGUCCGCCUCCUCACCCUGCGACUCCCCGCAGAGCGACGAGCGCUGGCUUGGGCAGCCAGUUGCCGCCGCGGAGCCCCACGCCGUGGGGUACGGCCCUCUGCCAGGCCCGGGCAGGGACGGCUGGGCACCACGCGUGUCCUGCUCCGGCCAGGUGUCUCCGCAGCAGAGGGAGGGCGCGGGGGUGCCCCGCCGGGAGCCCCCCUUUCCUGCCACGCACUCGUCCAGGGCGGAGGUGGCCUUUGAGGGCCAUGGCAAAGAUGCCCGCCUGAAGCCAGCUGCUGCAGGGGAGCAGGAGGAAGAGGAGGAGGAGCUGGCUUUGCCCCCGCAGAGCAAAGGGGCUGAUUUCUCGCCCUCUGGAUUUGGGUUUUCCUCAGCACAAAAGCCCGAGCCAUGUGGCGCGCCGGGACGCGAGCUGUCACCUGCGAGCUGCAGGGUGGACAAGCCUCUCGCCCUGAGCCUCCCCGGCGCUUCGUCCCACGACCAGGAGCGGAGCCACGAGUACCUGGAGGUCUCCAAGGCUGCCCUCGGCUUGGAGCCCUCCCUCACCAGGUUCUCGCCCCUGAGCCCGUGCGAGGACAGCCAGCCCCUGCCCGGGUCUGCGGCCGGAGGGGCGGCCUCCCUGCAGCAGCCCCGCGACGACUCCCCCAGCUGCUCCGAGGACGCCUCCUCGGAAGCCACCACGCCGGUGAUACACGCGGCCGCCGAGGGCUUCUACUCCCACGUGCUGGCUGGCUACGCUGGCACGGCCACGGAGCCCGACCGCAGGAGCCUGUGGGACGUGUCCCCGCUGCUGCCGGCAGACUCCUCCGGGACCCAGGUGACGGGCAGCCAGGAGCUGGCCGCAGCCGAGGAGCGGGGCCCUCCCUCCCCGUGCGACAUGGAUGACAGCACGCUGCCGUGCCGUGUCGAGUGCCUUGGCGUGGACGCGCGGGGGUCGCACCGCGCCGCCGGCCCAGGGCAGCAGUCCCCCUUCACGGACCAGCUCGCGGCCAUGACCUCGCUGCCGGACGUGCUGACGUCGUUCCCUCCCCCUCGGCCGGGAGACGCCGCCACAGCCAACGGUCCCACCGAGGUGAGCACGAGCCCCCAGGCCUCGCACAGCGUGCCCCCCGCCGCCGAGGCGCUGCGGCAUCCCGAGGCCAGCGGCAGCCUGUCGCCGUGCUCGGGGGACGAGGACCGGGAGCGGCAGAGCCGUCCGUCCUCGCUGACGUCCCCGGAGCACAGUUUCCAGCCCUUCUUCCCCGACGCGCAGAGGGGCGGCAGGCCGGGGGACCGCGGCGACGCCUCCCACGAGAUGGAGCCACGGCUGGGCGCCGGCUCCGACUACGGGCAGAAGUUCUCGGUGUGCGAGUACAAGCAGAGGAAGGGCGAGCUGUCCCCCUCGUUCAUCAACCCCAGCCCACACGACCUCUCCGAGGACAGCGACCUCUCACAGGACGAGGGGCACCCCUCCGUGAAGGGGAGGCCACAUCACCCCGCCGGGAGCCAGGGACAGGCCCCCGUGGUGGAGGAGACCCCGCCCACCUCGGUGAGCGACUCCGGGACCUCCCAGUCCGACUCCGACGUGCCCCCCGAGACCGAGGAGUGUCCGUCCAUCACGGCCGACGCAGCCAUGGACUCGGACGAGGAUGCCGAUUUCCUCCCGGUAGACAAGACCGUGGGCACGUCUCACCAUGCCAGCACGCGGCCCAGCCACGACCCCCAGCCGGCCCCUAUGGUGGAUCCCCACCCGCACUCCCCGCACCCAGACGUCUGCAUGGUGGACCCGGAAAUGCUGGUCGUGGAGCAGAACGCGAGCAGAGCCGACAAGCUCGCCAAGAAAGACCUGAAGGAGAAGAGCAAAGGCAUGAGGAAGGCCUUGAGCAAGCCGAAGCCAUCCUCGCCUGCCCGCAAGCUCGAGGCCAAAGGAAAGCGGUCGCCCACGCCUGUGAAGCAGCCUGCAGAGCGGUCCCCAAAGGCUGCCACGGCAAAGAAGGAGAAGGAGGGAGGGGAGAAGCCGUCCAAGGCACGCGGCUCCCUUGCGCAGCCCUCGCACGCGGACGAGAAGGACGAGGUGUCCCGCAGCAGCCACAGCAACCCGGGCAAGGGCCUCGUGAACGGCAUCAAAACCAACCCUGGCCUCCCCCGAAGGCUCAGGGCAGCUGCGCUGAAAACCAGACAAGCCAGGGAGCAGCCUGGCAGGGCUCCAGCUGCAGCACGGCUGCCAGGAGCCUGCCCGAGCUACCCGGUCUGGCCGCGCGGCCGGCAGAGCGCCAGGCCCCAGGUUUGGGCUCACGUGGAAGGGAUGAGAGGGGAGGAGGGUGCUUUCUUCUGGGCCGGCACGUGCAGUCAGCUGGUGCAUCCCGCACUGAGGCCCCCGGCGCCCCCGAGCACCACGUCCAUGGCCCCCUGGCCAGUGGGGCGUGCUGGCCUGGGCCCUGGUGGGAUUCCUCUCCCCGGCCAGGAAGGGCUGCUGUAUGUUUCCAGCAGCCCCAAGAGCAGCUUGUCGGUGCCCCCGGGCCCACCCGUGUACGUGGACCUGGCCUACGUCCCCAACCACUGCAGCGGGAAGAACGCGGACCUGGAGUUCUUCAAGCGCGUCCGAUCCUCGUACUACGUCGUGAGCGGGAACGACCCAGCCAACGGGGAGCCCAGCCGGGCCGUGCUGGAUGCGCUGCUGGAGGGGAAGGCCCAGUGGGGCGAGAACCUGCAGGUAACCCUGAUCCCAACGCACGACACAGAGGUGACACGGGAGUGGUACCAGCAGACCCAUGAGAAGCAGCAGGAGCUGAACAUCAUGGUGCUGGCCAGCAGCAGCACCGUGGUGAUGCAGGACGAGUCCUUCCCCGCCUGCAAGAUCGAGUUCUAGCUGCCCGGUCACGCCACGCUCAUCCAUCGCCCCGUCUCCAUCGCCGCACUCAGACACCGCCUGCCGCCCAGCCCUGCCGGCGCCGUCCCUGCGUGGUCCUGUGGACCGGGAGAGCGGGCGCCUGCACAGCGUGGUGCUGGGGCUCUGCGCGAGGAGCACGGGCUCUGCCCAGCCUGGGCUGAGGUGCACCGUGCCGGGGCAGGAGGAGGCCGGGGCACCUUCCCCUCCUGGGUGGAUUUUGCUGCCUGUACAGUCGCUGUAGAAUAACGUGGCUGCCUUCAUGCUGCAAGUGCUUUCCUCGCCUGCAUCCUGGCCACCCCACCCUACGCCACCCUGCCCUGGCGUCACGGCACUGGCCUCUUCCCCCCAGCCUGGCCUGCCAUGAGGCUGCAGCACGAGGGCGGCUGCGGGCUGAGAACUGUCCGAUGCAGAACAGAUGGAGUGAGGAGACGGUGAUGGCCAGUGACGCCCUGCAGCUGCCAGCAAGGCCCAGGACAGCCUGAUGCGUGGGAGCUCCGCCACCUCCCGGGGCAUUGGGACACGAGCCCUGGGCCCCAGUGGGCUUGGCCUGGGCUCCGGACCCGCAGGCUCUACCCGAGCUGCUGCAUGUGGCCGAUUCCCUCCCUCCCUCCCUCCCUGCAGCUGCGGUGCUGCAGGACGCCCGAGCCGGCAUUGGCACAAAGUGUAUGCUGCUGCCCCGCUGUCCUGAGCUUGCGGCGCAGCGCGGCGCGGUGGGGCGGGUAGGGCUGGAUGGUGCUGCCCCCCCGGCCUCCAGACGCACAAACCCCAGUCUCUGCAGUCGCAGGCCUCGCAGGGGUGGGAGAUGAGCCGGGGCGUGGGCAGGCCACGCGUGGGGAGGCAGGCGGCUGCGUUUCCUGAAGGAAGGCUCUUGCUACCACCCGCCGGUCGUGGUCUCGCAGGGGCAGCAGAGCCCUGACCAGGCAGCAGCCCCCACCCCACCAGCCACAGGGUGUGAGGAGUGGGCGACAGCGACUCCCCCAGGACAGCCACCGUCGCCCUGCCCCGGCCGUUGGGAAACGCCGCCCAACCCCGCUGGGGUCAAGGGCAGGUGGAGUCAGGCUGCGCUGGGGCCAGGCGGCUGGCACUUGCCCCCCAGCUCAUGCUCUCGCCAUGGUGCCAUGGGCCUACCACUGCCCUCCAAGGGGCAGGGCCACGCCACUCCCUCCAGGACCCGUGCCCCGCGCAGGGCGUGGGAGGAUGAGGGGGGCCGAGCACUGGCAGGAGGGUGCCCACAUGGCCCAGGACGGAGGUGGCAGAAUAUGGCUAAGGUGGUCUGCCGGGCUGCACCCCUGCUGCUGUCCCAGCCAGGCCCCCUUGCCUGCAUCCUGCUGCCGUGGUGCCCGGCCCUGCUAGGUCGGAAGCGCAUCUGGGAUGGUUUAUUUUGCUGCCUAAAUUAUGUAUUUAUUUUGGUUUUGGGCUGCUGCUGCAGUGCUGGCGCCGGUGCCCUCCGGCUGCAGCUCGCAGGGGCGUUGCCACGGCCGCCCAGAUGCAGCCAGGUGAUGGUGGCAUGGCCACGGGGGCUGGGCCACGUAUGUGCGGGCAGCCGGGGGCCAUUGCACGCUGCCUGCAGGCCCAGAGCGGGGGGCGGGGGGCGGGGCCGUGGCUGGCAGCCUGGCGCCCCCAGGCAGCGCCACGUGCCGUUCUUUGUCAGCGCUCGCUCCAGAGCGCAUUGGCCGGGAGGGCCUGCUUUCGUUCUCUAUAAGCUGAUUGGGUCAGUACAUAUGAAUGUCAGUUAUGGC